AAAGCAUUGAUAUUGAAUUUUUCUAUUGAAGUCUAACAACAACCGAGUCUCUCACAACCGUCAGCAUUCAGAAAUUUGAACUCCACACAAAACUUCUCUAACAUCCAUGAAGUUUCUUUGAGCGCUGAAGUGAUUGUUUUUGUUCUAUAAAGGGCUAUUCUAUAGUAUCAAUAAAGUUUGAGGUCCAAGUAGAGAAAUUUAGCUGAGUUGUUCUCCCUACAACAAGUCCGCCCACUAGCUCACUUCACUCGUCAAUCUUCAGCCUCUUUCCUCACUGACGAUCUCAGAUCCAAAUCCAUAAACCCCCUUUUCAUAAAAUUCAUUUUUUGAUAGUUUUGUACAUUCUUCAUGUGUAGAUAAAUAAAAGAAAUAUACAGUUGAGCCAAUUGUAUAGGUUUGAGGAUGUAGAUUGGAUUUGUGAAGUGAGUUUAAAGAUGGUGGUGGACAAGGCGUUUAAUUCAAUGGCGAAAAGAGUUCCCAAAAGGGUCUGGUUUGGGUUCCAAAUGUCAAUGGGAUUACUCGUGGGUGGAAAUCACACCUCCUCCAGGUUUUGCACUCGCUAAUUGAUUCGCUUUUACUGAUUUUUUGGCUUCAAUCUCCUUUUUUUUUUUUUUCAUACUGCUGAUUUUGCUCUCAAUAUCAAAAUCUCCAAUUAUAGUGCAUUUUGGUCACUGAAAUUUGAUUAGAUCUGAUAGAAUACUCUGAAAAGGCCUUAUCUUGGGUAUGAUUCGGAAACCCAAGAUGGAUUUCAAGGUCUUGAAAUGGCAAAUGCUUCAUGGGUCUUUCAUGAGGCGCUUGAUCCUCAGAACAUUUGCAUUUGGGUCGGCAAUGCUUGUGUUCUCCCUCAUUCAGAUAGCCCAUGAGGCUAGAACUUUUGAGCCACUUGAGUUGAAUUUUGAUGAAUGCCCACUGAACUUUGGCUCAAACCCAUAUGAUAAUGGGACUGAGUUUUCGAAUCCCCUGUCCUUUCUUCGAUAUUCUUUACUUGGGGGGUUUAGGAUGCCAAGCAAAGAGAAUGAAAAACUGGCUAAGAAUGUGUUUGAGGAGUUAAUGGGAAAGAAUUUGCUGGAUCCUAAUUCGAAAACUUUAUGUAUUGGGGACAGCUCGGCCACAGCUGUUGCAGUCCUGCGAGACUUGGGAUUUACUCAUGCCGUAAGCGUCGGUAGUCACCCAACCUUUUCCCUCUUGAAGAGGAAAUAUGUUUGUGAGCUCGAUUUUGAGGAUGAUUCUUUUGAUUUCGUAUACUCUAGAGCUCUUGAUACAGUACCUGUACCCGCUCUUCUCGUGCUUGAGAUUGAGCGCAUUCUGAGGCCAGGCGGCAUUGGUGCUAUGCUUGUUGGUGCCCGUGACUUCCAUACUGGUAGUUUGAUUAGGUCAGCCACACCGGUUUCACUAUUCUUGAAGAGUUCCGAUAUUGUCUAUGUAUGUGGUGUUGGCCCGAAUGCUCUGGUAAUUUUCAAGAAAAGAUUCGAAAAUGCAGGUUAUUUUGAGAGAUUUCAACUUCCAAAUGAUUGCCCUGCAAUUAAAAAGAACAAGCCAUUUAUGAAGUUCAUUGAGCCCCUUGUGGAUAAAAAAUCACUACAUACCACAAGAGAGGUCUCUUAUCUACCGAAGUACUUGGAUAUCUCAUCAAGGAAUAGAAUGAUUUAUGUCAAUGUUGGUGCUGAGGAAUCUACAAAAUUCAACUUGUCUCAGCUGUCCCAGCCUUAUGAUUCCAUCCAUCCUCGCGCUUUCAGCGUGUAUAUGAUUGAUCACAAUAUUUCUGUCCUAUCAUCUCAUGUUAAAAAUCCUGGUAUCACUUUUAUCUACCAUCCAGGCCUUGCAGAAGAGGAUGCCACUGCGGAACUUGACUCUGAUGAGUACCUGGGUGCUCCACUGGAUGAAGGUGGGUUCGAUUUUAUUGACUGGUUUAAGGACACUGUUGAAGAUGAUGACUUUGUUGUCCUCAGGAUCAAUGCCAGAACAGUGAAAUUGAACAUUCUUGGUGAGUUAUUCCAGAGUGGAGCUAUAUGCCAUGUUGAUGAACUCUUUCUCCACUGCCCCGAGAAUGAUGAGUGCAAAGGAGGUGCCUUCUGUGGGGACUGCUUGAGCCUUUUCAAGGAUCUCAGAAAUUCAGGCGUGUUUGUUCAUCAAUGGUUUGGUGAAUGAAGCCUAUGAAACAUAUGCAUGAUAUGAAGUUUCAGUUGAAUGUGUACUGUCAUAAAUAAAGUAAGGGACAAUGUAGCUUGAACUUCCAGGCUGCACUCCCUUGGUACUGUUGUUGAUCUUUCCAGUGUUUUUACUAUGUAUUCCAUCUCCUCCUAUCUGUGGUAUGGAGGAGCCUUUUUAGUAUUUCCGUUUGUAUCAAAUCCAAAGAAAGUGCAGAUUGAACUAUUGAUCUGCAACUACUUCGUUAAACUGAUGUUUGUCGAGCUUUGAGGUGUAUGAGUACGAACCUAAUCUUGGUCAUAUAUUGUCGUUGAAUUCAUUUCUGUUUGGUAAAGAUUGCUUUCAUGUUUGUUAUUUCCUUCUCAUGCGUGCCUUGUCAAUAGUAUAUGGCGGAGUUGUUAAAG